UUACAGUUCUAAAAAUAAUUAUUAUUAUCAAGGAGAUAAAUAUAAUUUAUCUUUAUAAAUUCUAUUCCCACUGAAAGGGGGCAGGGCAAGUAUUAUAUUCAAGUGAACAAAAUCUACUUUUUUAUUAAUAAAUGCUAUUUACCCACUCGCAAAUAUUAUCAUCAAGGAUUCAAAUAUACUUUUUUCUUUAUAUACACAUCUAGAUGGUAACUAUUAUACUAUUAACAAUGGGAUUGGAAUGAAUCCGUCAACUCCAAUUCAUUUUAUGUCAUUGCACCAGUCUUUAUAAAAUACUAAAUUCUUAUGCAUAAUUUGCGCACCGAAUUGAAACCAAAUAUAAUCGUUUUUGAUUUAGAUGACACAUUAUGGCCUUUUCACGUUGAUUGGACUGUUCAAGGCCCUUUUCACAAAAAGAAUGGCAAAGUUUACGAUUCAUGUGGAGAAGAAUUGUUACCAUAUCCAGAUGUUCCAGAAAUUUUAGAAAAUCUUUCAAAAGAUGGAUAUACUUUAGCUGCGGCAUCGAGGACUACAAUACCAGCAUAUGCCGAACAAAUGCUUAAAUUAUAUGAUUGGAAUAAAUAUUUCAAAUACAAAGAGAUAUACCCUUCCUGUAAGGUCAAACAUUUUGAAAAAAUAAUGAAGCAAUCUGGCAUUUCCUACGAAAAAAUGUUGUUUUUUGAUGACGAAUAUCGCAAUAUCGAAGACAUACAAAAAUUAGGGGUUACUUGUAUUUACAUCAAGCAAGGUGGCCUAACUAAAUCGGAAUUAUGCAAAGGUUUAAAAACACAUGAAAUCAAGCUGAAAACUCAAAAAUAAUUCAUUAUAAUUAAAUGAUAAUGUUUUAUAUUAUAAAAUUAGCCAAUAUCUUGUGAUAUUUAUUGAUAG